AUGUCGAACGAUAAUUUGAAAUUCUCUCUACGCUCAAUUUUUGAGAAAAACAAGCUCAAUGAAACGAACUUCCUUGAUUGGGAAAGGAAGGGACGUGAGAACGUCCUAACUACCUCUAUCCCUACUGUGACCGGAACCUCAUCAGAUGAGGAGAAGGCAACAUCAACUCGGGUGAAAACUGAAGCAUUGCCUGUUACUUGCCUCGUGCUAGCUGCAAUGGAGCCUGAAUUGCAAAAGAGGUUUUUGCAUUCUGAUGCUUAUGCUAUCAUAACUGAACUGAAAACGCUGUUUCAGGAUCAGACAAGGAUAAAGCGAUAUGAGACUCACAAGGCUAUACUUGAUAGCAAACUUGUGAAGGGAAAACCAGUGAGUCCUCAUGUGAUUAGUCUGACUGGGCUUUUCAAGAGGAUGGAAAAUCUGGGGACCCCAUAUGACCAAGAGUUGGCCACUGAUAUUAAGAAGGAAGUUUUAAAUGUCAACAAUGAGAAGGGGUUUAAGAAGGUGGCUAAGAAAAAGAACAAUAAUCAAGGGAAAGGCAAGCAAGUUGCCAAACCCAAGGGUGGUGAGAAGCCAAAGAUGGCUGCUGAUCAUGAUUGUUUUUAUUGCAAGGCCAAGGGACACUGGAAAAGAAAUUGUCCCAAGUACCUAGAAGACAAGAAGAACGGGACUGUGAGUUCCACUUCAGGGACUUAG